UUUGCUUUGCUUUGCUUUGUUUUGUUUUGUUUUGCUUUGCUUUGCUUUGCUUUGCUUCUUGUCUGGCUGCAGAAUAGAGCGGGAGGCUGGCUGAGCUGGAGAGGAAGUCAAGUAUGUCAUAGCAGAGGAGGAGGGUCUACAAGACUGCUAGUUUUAAAGAGGAAAACUCAAAUCAAGCACCAAAACACACAGCAAGGGAGAGGAAGAACAGAAAGGCAUUCCUCUGUGGAGGUGAGCCCUCACAGCACUGAGGCAGACAGGCACUGAAGCUCGAUUUGGCAGUACCUGGCUCGAGACUCAAGGUCAACAUGGCCAUGCCAGAAAAGUCAAGUGAUGUCAAACCGACCGAGGAGUGCGGCAGUUUUCCUGAGAUUAUUGAACUCAAUGUAGGUGGCCAGGUGUACAUAACUCGCUAUCCUACUUUGAUCAGCAUUCCUGGUUCCCGGCUCUGGGAAAUGUUCAGUGUAAAGAAUCCUUGCUCACUGAUCCAGGACAACAAAGGGAGAUUCUUCAUAGAUCGAGAUGGUUUUCUCUUUCGCUAUGUCCUAGACUAUAUGAGAGACAUGCAAGUAGUGCUUCCGGAUCAUUUUCCAGAGUGUGGCCGGCUCCAUAGAGAAGCAGAAUACUUUAAGCUGCCAGAACUAGCCAAAAUGUUGGCUCCUAAAAUGAACAAGCUCAACUCAAUUGGAAAUGACUCAUGUCCGAUUGAUCUAGAAGAGCUCUCACCCAGCAUUGACACUACGUUCAAUUUCUCUUCAACCAAUAGCAUUCAUAUUAGUGGCCCUGAUAAUCCCAUGGUUCUGAGAGCUGCCCCUGGUUCUGAGCUCAAGAAGGCUGGUUUCAUCACUAUUGGCUAUCGAGGCUCCUAUACUCUGGGCAGGGACAGCCAAGCAGAUGCCAAAUUCCGCCGUGUGGCUAGAAUCAUGGUAUGUGGUAAGAUCUCAUUAGCCAAAGAAGUGUUCGGAGACACUCUGAAUGAGAGCAGAGACCCAGAUCGCCCUCCAGAGCGAUAUACUUCUCGAUACUACCUCAAAUUCACUUUCUUGGAACAAGCUUUUGACAAACUAGCUGAUGCUGGCUUCCACAUGGUAGCAUGCAACUCCACUGGCACCUGCACUGUCACACAUGACCAAACAGAUGACAGGAUCUGGACCUCGUAUACUGAAUAUGUUUUCUAUCGUGAGUGACAGUUAAAAUCACUCAGAAAAUACAAACCCUCAAACAGUCUCUCUCCUCUGUUUCCAUGCCAACUGUCUCCUUUAGAAAUAGACACAUUAAUCACUCUAGGUUCGUGAGUGUUCUGUAUAAUAUUGAGAAAUGCCACUUCUCUCAUCAUAACUACUUGAACCUUUGUUGGUUUUGUUCUUAUACAUCAUUGCAGUCCAUCUGUCUAUCUUUUUUGGACUGUGGAGUGAAAGCUGUGCAUCAGUAUAGAUAGUAGAGGUAAAUUUCUGGAGUGAAUGCUAUUAAAUAUAACCACUAAAUUACAUGUUUUGAGAACUAUUAAGCUAUGACUUCCAAGUUGUUUCUCAGUAAUAACCCACACUGAACUUGAUUAUGUACCUUGCUAUCUGUAUUUGUCUACAUAAAAUCCUGUAUAGCUGGGCUGAGAUUAUAAUAGGUAGUGUGAAUGUGCUUUGCAGAUGUUUUACCAUGCUUAGUGGAAAAACUUGACAGCACUCCUCUAGGAGGUUCAUAGAAAGGUGGACCAAUUCAAGAAUUAUUAAGGACUUUUGAUAGAUGCUAGACAAACAAUUGUAUGACUAUUAUUCUCAGUAAUAAAAGGCUUAGCACUCAAUUUGCUUUUGCAUGAAAAAGAUAGUAAGGAAGUAUUUCAUAGCUAUUACCUCAGUCAUAAGUAGCUGUGCCAUUAAAAAAAAAAACUGUCCUAAAAUACCUUUCACUAGAAUUAAAUGCAAAUAAUGUAGGGAAGAAAACAAUGGAUAACCUUGCUUUGUGUAAGUAUAUACAUGUAUUAUAGUGUAGUUUCACUAGUCAAAUAAUUAGCUGUAUUUAUCCAUUGUUAACUUGUUUGUGUUGGUUGAUGCUGUGAGUGUGUGUUUUGCUUUUCUAGAGGUGGGGAUGGGAGAAGAGGAGAAGAAAGAAGAAAAUAACUAUAACAAAACAAAACACCUGAGAUUUAUCAUCUGACUCCCUGCCAAUGUCUUUGUAAUCAAUCAGGUUGGAAGCAAGAAUUUAUUCUUAGAUGAGAACAUUGGGGACCUAAGUGAAGGAAUUAUAAAAGACCACGAACUAGUCAAGAAAAAGGGUUUUAGGGCUCAUUUUAGAGGAUCGUCCUCACCUCUGUAAAAGCUUUUAGCAAUCAGGUGGUCAGGCAGCCUUGUCUUUUCUUUCUUCUGUCCUUAACAUGCGCCAUGCGCCUUUAUUGCUUGCAUUGUCUUUUAACGCCUUUUCUAAUCAGGUCUUUUUAAGUUUCAAAGAACUAAAACUCACGUAAAAUGGCUUGAGAAAGAAAAAACUGUUCAUAUGUCAGUGAUGUGACUGUGUGAGCAUUUUAAGCUCACCUUUUAUUUAAUCUUUUUUUCUGUUGAGUUUAAAGGAAAUAUAAACAAAUUAAGUCUCAGAGGAUCUGGGGAGCUGUCAAUAAUUGAUAUUCUAUCUUCUCUUUCAACGGCUGUAUGAUUUUCUUGUGGUCAUCUUCAAACCUCAUUGAUUCCAUAUUUCUCCAUGCCAUUCACAUUCUUUCUCACAAUUUAUAGGAGACCUAAACAGUAUGCUAGCCUUUCAGUGAACGUCAACUCCCAGGCAUAUUCUCCAUAUUUAACUUCUUUUGUUGUUAAUCCCAUUUUCUAAAUCCAAAUUAUCUCUGGUCUAAGACAGAAAGGCUGAGUGGUUGGUAGCUCUGUGGCUUGGACAGACAGUUAUUCACAUUACUACAUGGAUUAUCACAUAGUAGGCAUACAAUCAGUACAGCACUUCAGAUACCCUCUGGUCACUAAGUCCUUUAGAGAUCAGUUGAAUACAGAAAUUAAGAUGCAGCACAUUUUAGAUGCUCUUAAAGAGAUGUUCCACAUUUUAUUUUUGUACUAUUCUCAUGGUUGUUGUCAUUUCCAUGCUCUCCCUAUGAAGUGAAAUCUUUAUAUUAGCUUACCUUUCUGUAGGUACAUUUACUAGCCUUAGCUCCUCUGGCAUGUUUCAAGUAUUACCAAAGUCUCAAUUGCCCCAUCUGCCCAGUAGAUAAGUGGUCACCAUUUAUUUAAAGUGGUGAGUUAAUAUAUUCCAUAAUACCGAAAGUGAAGUAGCUGUGCCCUGGUGACUUACUAUGUGAUGUAGUUGUCUACAGUUUGAUCUUUCAGAAAUAUGGCUAACUUUUUAAAAUAGAGGACUUAUAAUACCAUUUUUAUUUUUUACUCUGUCAUCAAUUUCCAUUAUUCUUGGUUCAAGAUUAUUUCUGAAACACUAGUCAUUUGCUAUUCAAAUGACUUUCUUUUCCACUCACAAAUAAUUUAAUGGAGGAAAUAAUGAAAAGAAAUAUAAAUUCUCUGGGGUUUGCUGUGUUAAGUGCUAAGAAGGCAUAAAACAGAAAAAUUCAUAGACUAAACAGGAGGCAGCUAAGAAUGUGACUGAAUAUUUGAGCUCAGCUGCCUUAGGUUUUUAGUGAGAGAGGUGCUCAUCAAUAAUCACACUUAGAGUUGCUAAGUUUCUUGUUGGCAAAAGAAGAAACUGACUUUUUUAAGAAAAAAAAAAGCCGUAAUUGGUUCAAAAAGUUCUGAAAGUAUAGAGAACCAUAUCUGAUGUUACACAGCCAUGAGCAAUAUCCAGAAUUAUUGCUUGUUAGUGGUAAUCUGCUAUGAUUCUUGGGUAUUUGCUUGCUGCAGCUUGUACUAUCUACAUUAAUGGAAUUGUACACAAAUGCUGAAACCUCUAAAACCUCUCUCUCUCUCUCUCUCUCUCUCUCUCUCUCUCUCUCUCUCUCUCUCUCUCUCUCUCCUCUCUCUGCCCUAGAGAUGUUGUACUCAGAAGCAAAUUGCUGUAGGUUCAGAAUACCAAUACUCUUUAGCUAGACUUGUGGCUCCCAAACUUUAGUUUAGCUCCUUAACCGUAGGUGACUCUGUCAACCUUUUGUUACCAUGCUUUUCAGCCCCUAGAGUCUCAACUCCUAUCUUCAACUUAUCAGAGUCUCUUGCUGCCUCAAUACAUCUGCCUUCCUUCAUAGUGAUACACUAUCACACUGUCUACCUUCACUUUCUCUAUGGAACUCUUAGUUGCCUCUUGAUAUUACAAUUCCAAUCUUUGGGAACCAGGGUUCUUAGUUAAGGGUGACUCUCUAGAAUGUUGCUAUCACCUCUUACUUGUCAUUGCCACUGCCAAGGCUAAAAAGCAAAAUAUAAAUACAACCUGUUCAGCCUUCUCUAUGAGUACAAAAUACCACAAGCUGGUAUAUAGACUAAUCACUGUAUGGCUACACUCAUGAAAUUUCAACAACGUGAACAGCUGAACAAGCUCAACACAAUGACAAUACCAGUUGCCAUGCCUGACUGGAUUGGGGAAAUCUUACAAGGCUCAUCACCAGAUGAAGAACUACAGGCAAUUAAUGGCUGCUAAGAGAGGCAGAACUAGUCUUCUUCAGGGACAGAGCCCUGAUGGGUUAUUCAAUCCCAAAUACUAAACACAAAUACAUACGACCAAUACUAAAUGGACAGCAGAGUGUAUUUCUUUAAACACAUGUGUAUGUAAAUAAAUAUAUAUGUAACAAUCAUAAUUAAAAAAGACAUUGUGAAUUUGAGAGGGAGUUGGGAGGAAUUGGAGGAAGAGGGGUGGAAAUGAUGUAAAUACAGUACUCAUGUAUGAAAAAAAUCAGAAUAAUAAAAAGUAUAUAAACCCA